AUGAGCACUAUUAGUACCACAACGGCACCUGAGUUUAUCAGAGUAAAGAGAAGAAGGGAUGAGGAUUCUGUGCAGGCAUUAUUAAUUGAUGAGGGGAAAAGAGUGAAGAAGCAGAAGUUCAUAUUUAAAUUAUCAAAGACUGUGAGCUCUGAAAGCUAUCAAUCCGAGCAAGAGUCUUCUACGCCACUCUUAAAACUGGCUCAUGAAGAUCAUCGACAUUUUGUAUUGGAACAAAGAAAAAAAAGUCGUAGAGACUCAGAUGAUGAAAAAUCACAACAGCGGCUUGCAGCAGAAGGAAGUACUGUAGAUGACGAUGGGUUACCGCCAGAGAUCAAUCAAAUGGUGAAUGACUAUUUAAAGUUGAAUAAAGGUGUAGAAAAGACAGAAAGAAAAAAACCAAGUAGGAAAUAUUUUACUGGGGAUUCUGCAAAAAUUGCAUCACUACCCAGUUUAGAUUACGUUUUUGACAUCUACCAUUUGGAGAAAAUUCAUGACGAUGAGGUUGCUAGAUAUAACAACGAGAAAAAUAUAGGGUUUGUGAAAAUUAUUGAGCAUAUAGAUUUGGCUCUUGAUGAAGAAAGUGAUCCCAAUGAAGCCCGUUCAGACGAUGAGGAUUCUAAUGACGAAAACUAUUACCAAAAUGAUUAUCCGGAGGAUGAAGAUGAUGAUAGAUCUAUUCUAUUUGGUAGCGAAGGAGAGGAUAUAGCUGCAUUGGGUGAAGAGAUUGUUAUAGGGGUUAAUAAGAGCAGGUUUUCCUCUUGGAAUGACGAUAAAAUUCAGGGAUCUAAUGGGUACCACGAUGUGGAGGAAGAGUACGGGGAUCUUUUUAACAGGCUUGGAGGAAAAAGUGAUGUCUUGAAAUCCAUAAAUUCCUCGAAUUUCAUUGACUUGGAUGGCCAAGAAGGUGAAAUAGAGAUAAGUGAUAACGAAGAUGAUUCUGAUGAAGGAGAUGAUAUUGAAUACCCUAGAAAUGAAUUUUUUCCGACGGAUGUUGAUGACCCAUUGGCGCAUCAUAGGGACAGAAUUUUUCAUCAGCUACAGAAAAAAAUUAAUAGAAGCUAA